AUGGAGGAAGCUGAAAUUCCGGAUCUCUUUGACGUAGCGCGCCUCACCGUUGGGUCCGAUGCGAAGCUGCUCUGGCGUGGGCCACUUCUGGGCUUUUUAAGCGACGUGCUGGAGGAGCAUGAGCCAGCCGAUCCAGUGGCCGCUCUGCUGCUCGCCGCUCUCGCACAUCUACCACUCAGUCCAAGUUGCGGUUUGUUUUAA